AUGUCGACACGGGAUGGUGACCGGCCUUACAAGGUCGUCUAUUCCAACCGCAGGCGCGAAGAGACCGAUGACCCAACGCCCAGCCGGAGGCCAAGGCGCGACUUUGAAUAUGAGGACGACUACCGCAAAGAGAGAGUCUACUCGCGUGGUUCUCGAGACGACCGAACCGAAGGUGACUGGCAGCCGAGGACGAGCGAGUCACGCAACAUAGUCCCAGCCGCUGGAACCACCAAGACAAGGUAUUCGGUCGGCCGCGACAGGAAUGCCGAAGCCUAUGUCAAGCGCUCGGACGCUGUGAUCAUUGAGGAUCUGCCGCCCGAUCGAGGCCGGUACGAGUAUGAAGUCCUCCGGCCGCAGAAGAGAGACGAUGGCACCUACGUCGUCGACAUUGGCGGCGGCGGUGGCUACUCGCGAGACUAUGCAAUUGAUUUGGACUCCAGGCAGUCUCGCUCAGGACGUGAUGCACCACCGCCCUCCAGGAGAGACGACAUGUUUUACGAGGAUUCUCGCGGUGCAGGUCGUGAUCGCACGAUACGCGAUGUUGCCUACAGGGACGUGCACGUCACAGAAGAGAUCGACGACGCCCGCUACAGUGGCCGCGGCCGGGCUCACGAAGCUUAUCCCGAGGACAUUCCUCCGCCUCGGCGGCUCAAAAGCGCAAUGCGAGGUGGGAACGACUCGCCUCCCCAUCUGCGAAGACGGGCAAGCGUAGGGUUCUACCGCGAUCAGAUCAGUAACCAUGAUGCCAGCGAGAGUCGGCACGAAAGACCAGGAGCUGAAGCACACGUGGCUGGUCGCUAUCUCCAGGGCAACGCGUUGGCGGACGACGACGUCUACGCCGCGGCAUAUACCCGACGGAAUCGGAGCAGGAGCCGCUCCCGGGGCAGAUACGGUCCCCAGCGAAGCGACCCGCGACUUCACGAGUACGAUGAAAUGGACGAGGAUCGACGCAACUUUACCGAGCAAACGAUGAGACAGUAUGAGUACGAAGAUGAUCGACGAUCGGCGUAUCCGCCUCAGAGAGCAACUUCUAGGCGACGACACCACAGGCACCAUCAUGAUGAUGACGACAGAUCUUCCUAUUACGAUACGGAAGUGGUUAAGCGGACCACGAAGGAAUACUACCGGUAG